AUGGCGCAAGGCAACGAAAGCGAGACCUAUCUCAAUCUUGGCUGGACAGGCCCUCACAUCACAUUCGGCUCUGGCUACGAUGUUGCCCAUCGCAAAUUGCGAAGUUCUGCAUUUAGUAAUUUCCCGCAUGCCACAACGGAGCCCAGCCACAUUGGUAUCAAAACUCAAAAGCAUCUCAUCACCACGGCCGAAGAGCUCAAGUCUCGCAUCAAGGCAGAUGUCAAGGCAACAAUUCCUCUGGAGGGGGUAUCAGUCGAGACUGAGAACUCUUAUCUUCGAAAUGUCCAGACGUCUUCCACCUCCCUUGUCCAGGUCGUUACGGCCACAGUCGAAGAUCCUCCCGCUCUAGUAGACACUUCCGACUUGAAGCUCAGCGCCGCCGCACUGUCCGUCUUGCAAAGUCCCGACGGGAUCAACAAGUUUCAAGAACGCUACGGCGAUUACUUUGUCUACGGCGCAUUGUCGCGCGCCCGAUUCAACGCCGUCUGCACCAUCCGGACUUCAAGCGCCAGCAUCCGAAACCAGAUCAAGACCAAGCUCGAGGCGACCCUCACCGAGGCCGGCAGCCUCUCCGCCGUCUUUGAAUCUCUCAGCAAGUCCUCCAGCGAAUGGGCGUCGACCGACAUCGACAUUGCCAUGAGCGGAGUCAAGGGCCAGCCUGCCUCGACGAGCAAGACCAACAAGAUUGACGAAGUGCAGGCCGCAUACGACCAUUUCGUCAAGGAGUACAAGACCGAGCCGUACAUUGGCAUGCUGUGCCACUACUCCGUGGUCGACCAGAGGAUCCCCAUCCCCCAGAAGCAGUUCAGUUUCUUGGGCCCAGCGCUGGAGCUUCUCUAUCAGUCGCUGUACAUGGCGCAGACGCAGCUGCUCGCAUCGCCCAUGACGCAGGCCGCAGGGUUCGCGAUCAAAAUCUCAGCGCUCUGCGACGAAAUCAAGACCAUUGACGUCGCUGAUAAAGGUGGCAUUGCGCAGAUACAGGCCAGGGUCAACGAAUGCACGGAAGAGGCGGACCGCUGGCGACUACGGCAGGACCUCAUUGACGAUGCGAAGAAGCUUGAGAGAAAGAACUUUAGCCCAGGUGACUGGAUAGAAGCGUUCAAUACCAAAGAAUGGUCCAGUGGCAUCCUCGGCGUGCAUGGGAACGCCAAGUAUAGCGCUCUCGCGAGUGAUGUCAAGUAUCGCCGCGAGGACUUUGCCAGGGACUAUGCGUUGGCUGCGAGUCAAAAGGGCACCUUUACCCUGGGGGAUAGCGAGGAUGUCAUCCUGGGCUUCCGCGUCAACUCGUACUGGAAUGAUACUAGCAAUGGAUGGUUCAAGAUGCAUAAUGGAACCGUGGGCAGCUCGCAAGUCACGGUGGAAUUCAGCUCCUACGGAACCCGAGGGUGCAACUGGGCCAUUGAGGUCUGGACGGUUUCAAAGUUGAAAUACGACAAGAAGGAAUAG